GUGAGGGGAAGGAGAGGCUGUCCAUCAGCAGUAACUGCGACUUCCUGGGCACCGUGGAGCACAAGUUCCUUCACCUGCUGGGCUUCUGGCACAAGCAGUCACUCAGAGGAUAGAGUGAUAGUGUUUGCUCUCUCACUCUGGCUAGUUUGAUUUGAGCCAUGCUUUCCAGAAUGCUAAUCCUGGUCGUUGCACUGACCUGGUACCGAACGGUGGCCAAACUAUCUGGAGAAACAGAAAUUGAUCUGGAUGAGGGCCAGGACUGGGAUAUCUUGGAUGUCAAUAAGGGACUUGACUUGCUGGAGGGUGAUAUUGAAAAUGUCGAGUUUGACGAGAGAAACACCAUCAUCGGAGAUAAGUACCGUUGGCCGAAAACGAUUCCUUACUAUAUAGAAGAAAGCGUUGAGAUGAAUGCCAAAGGGGUGAUUCUGAAGGCCUUUGAGCAGUACAGACUGAAGACAUGCAUCGACUUCACACCAUGGAAAGGGGAGGAGAACUACAUCUCUGUGUUCAAGGGCAGCGGUUGCUUCUCCUCUGUGGGGAACCGGCGCGAGGGGAAGCAGAGGCUGUCCAUCGGCAGGUACUGCGACCGCCUGGGCACCGUGGAGCACGAGUUCCUGCACGCGCUGGGCUUCUGGCACGAGCAGUCCCGGGCAGACCGCGACGACUAUGUCAACAUCAUGCUGGAUCAGAUUGAGCCGGGCAAGGCUUCAAACUUCAAAAAGUACGACGACAAGAGGUCCAGCUCCCUUGGCGUGCCCUAUGACUACGGCUCGGUGAUGCACUACGGCAAGAGAGCGUUCAGCAUCGCCUCGGAGCCGACCAUCGUCACCAAGAUCCCAGAGUUCAUGGACGUGAUCGGCCAACGGAUGGGGCUCAGCGACAGCGACCUCCUCAAGCUGAACCGCCUCUACAACUGCACCACCUCUUCAACCUUUGUGGAGAGCUGCGACUUUGAGGAGAUGAACAUCUGUGGGAUGAUCCAGGGUCCGAACAACAAGUGGGAACAGCGUAUGGCUGUGAGUGCAGGACCUCAAACAGACUUCACCUCAAUGGGACAAUGCAAAGGAAAGGGCUACUUCAUGCAUUUCAGCACUGCAUCUGGGUCCGCUGGGGACAGUGGGUUUCUUGAGAGCCGGUUCCUGUAUCCUAAACCUGGGGUCCAGUGCCUGCAGUUCUUCCUCUACAGCAGCGGGGGCGCUAACGAUUCCCUCAAGAUGUGGGUGCGGGAGUAUGACAAACUCGAACCUGAACUUUUUGAGACCAUAACAGGUUCAAGCGGAUCAUGGGAGCUGCAUCACGUGACUCUCAACAUCACCAAAAAGUCCAGAGUGGUGUUCGAGGGGGUGAAGGGAGACGCCUCUGCCACGUUGGGGGGUCUCUCGCUCGAUGACGUCAACAUCUGGUCCGGCCAAUGCCCCCAGCAUGUGUGGAAAAUACGCAACAUCACCAGUCUCCUGGCAACCACGCCAGUAGGCACCAAGGUGUACAGUCCCUCUUUCCUGUCACCGACUGGCUAUUCUUUCCAGGUAGGUUCGUACCUCAAUGGACUCAGCACCCGUCCUGACACCAUGGCGCUCUACCUGUACCUGACCUCCGGCCCCAACGACGACAGCCUGAAGUGGCCUUGUCCCUGGCACCAGGCCACCAUGUCUCUGAUGGACCAGCAGUCGGACGUCAGGACCCGGAUGAACAUGCAGCGCAUGGUCACCACUGAUCCAAACGAGAUGGACGGUCUCGAGUUCGUCUGGGACCGGCCCAGUAAGGUGGGGUCCCUGGUGAAUGGCCCUGAUGGGAGCUACUACCGCGGCCCUGGCAGGGGGACGAGCAGCUUCCUCACUCACAGCCGACUGCACAGCAGGAAGUACAUUAAAGGAGACGACGCCUACUUCCUCCUGAGUCUGCAAGAUAUUUCUCAGUUGCUGCUCCCUCAGCCCCUGCCAUCCUCUGCACCCCACCCCAAGGAGAGGGCCCUGGCCCCAGACGUACCCCUUGGGGCCAACAAAGGCCAAAAUACCCUAGUGAUGGCGCUCACGCUGACGGUGUCAGCAUCGCUGCUGUUGGUUGCCUUGGUUACCAGCAUGUACGUGCGGAGGAGACUGAGGACACAGUGGCAGCAGAUUGACAAAGCGGUCCUCUUAGAGGGCAUGCCUGGAUUACUGGAACAGAAGGCCUGAAGGAUUCACCACCCGUCUCUUUGAUCAACCAGCCGUGGGACACCCACAAGACCGCCCACUGAAUUACAAUGCAUAAAAGCUUAAAUGUCUGCUAAUCACAAUUAAAGCAGGGUGAAUAAGUUAAUUUUGUUCAAGCAAGACCUGAAAGUAUAACAUAACUUGUGUUGCCUUCAUUCCACUAGUCGCCACGUCAAAAUACAAGGGAGGAUAAUGUAUGUGCCACGCUAUUGCAAUGCUUAAAUCGCUCAAUUAAAAUGCAUAAAUAAAAAUGUUUUGAUAAGAACCCA